AUGCCUCAUGAUUUGAAAGGUUUGGGUGUAAGGAAAGCAAUUAUGGCUCCCUUGUCGCCGACUCCAUGUGCUGAAAUUAGUGAUGAUGAACUGGUUUCCAUCUCAGUUAGAGACUUGAAUCGUCAGCUCAAGCUGAGAGGAUUGACGAGAGAUCAGAUUGUGAGAAUGAAGCAGCGUCGUCGUACACUCAAGAAUCGUGGCUACGCUGCCUCGUGUCGGAUCAAACGAAUAGAACAGAAAGAUGAAUUGGAAACGGAGAAAAGUCAGGAAUGGCAUGACAUGGAAUCGAUGCAGGAAGAAAAUACAAGGAUAAGAGAAGAAAUUGAGGCUCUUAGAAGUAAAUAUGAUGCUUUAAAGAGAUUUGCACACAUGAAGAAUAUACCACUGCCUUCGGAACUGGAAAUGUGGCCGUAA